AUGGAGGAGAACGAGCAGCGCCCGGGCGCUGAAGGAGGCGCCGAACAGCCGCCACAGCCGCCGCCGCCGGAGGAGUCCAGCAGCGGCAGCGACGGGGAGCCCAACCGGCGGAGGGCGAUGCUCCUGCCCCGGGUGCUCCAGGAGCCCGGCAACCAUCCGCACCAGCACCCGCCGCACCGAAUCACGAACUUUUUCAUCGACAACAUCCUGCGGCCGGAGUUCGGCCGGAGGAAAGACGGCGGUACCUGCGGCGGUGGCGGCGGCAGCAGCGUUAACCCGGAGCAGCAGCAGCAGCAGCAGCAACAGCAGCUCCUGACCGCUCGGAGCCCCUCAGCGGCGCCAGCCUCCGGUUCCCCGACCGACGGAGGAGGAGGCGGCGGCGGCUCCAAAGCUCUAGCCCCGGCUAAGAAAGGCGGCGACUCUGGCGCGCUCGACGGAGCCUUGAAGUCCCGCGGCAGUGGCAGCAGCGGCGGUGGCGGCGGCGGCGGCGAUCAGUCGCUGAGCUCCGACUCGGACAGCUCCCAGGCCAGCUCCUUCCCCAGCGCGCAGCCCAUGCUGUGGCCAGCCUGGGUCUACUGCACCCGCUAUUCGGACAGGCCUUCGUCAGGUAAGCAAACAGCUCUGGACCAGGUCGCUGGCCUCUCGAGAAGAGGGUCUCUGGACCCUCCACCCACCUCCCGCCCGCGAGCGAAAGAGCUGGCGACUUGGCUGCAAGGCGAUCGCGGCGAAAGGGGGCGGCGGGUUGCAAUCACCCUUUGCAAAAUAAGACAGUUUUACAAAGUUAUCUGCUUUGAAACAAACAUGGGGAGGCAGCGACAGGCGUAGGAGGGAUUUUGAUACAGUGAGGACGAAACUCCAGGAGGGCGCGGGGAGAAAGAGCCGAAGGCUCGAGCCGCACACAAAGCGAUUUCCUUCUUGGCAGCUGGGAGAAAUAGCCGGGAUCUGAAGCCCAGGAGGCUGUUUGCAAGGUGGGGUUUGUUUUCAUUCCCCCUUCUCUCCGUUUACCAAGAAGAUAAGAUGGAAAAGAAGUCAGUAGCAAUCCUUGGAGGCGUCCUAUUCUGCCCCCUUCUUUGGCUAGCUCAGCUGCUGGUCGCCAAGGCCCGACCUGUGAAGUUGUCUUCUCCGGCCUCUAGAAAUAAGCAGGCCUUGGAAGUAUUUUUCUUUUCUCCCUGGCUUCUCGUGCGGAGCAGCCGCGCUCGAAAAGGCCCUGGAAGUUAUUGCAGAGCCGCUGAAAAGGAAGACUUCCUUGCUUGCACGGGUGGGAGCGAAGUGGGGAUCUCUCCAGCCCUGCCUCGGGAAGAGAGAGCCGGGACGAGGAGCCGCCGAGAGCCUGGAAUGCCCUUUAUCGUCAGGGACACUUGAGGGUGUUUUAGUCUUCCUGAACGAGAAUUGCAAAUUCGCUCAAUAGAAUUUUCUUGUUUUAAAACAAUUGGAUCUCGAUUUUUGUUUUAUUUUUCCGAAAGGACUUUCCACCUUGCUUCCAAUAUAUUUUAUCGUCGAAUAAAUUCAUAGGUGUUAAAAAUGAGUUAGAGAGACAGCAACCUCCUUCGCUGCCGGAUAAUAUUCCCGUCUGAUUCGAAAUUUACUCCAUUGUUCUCCAGUCCCUUUCUUUGUUAAUAUUUAAUUAUCAUAGAUUCUCACCAUGGCCCAAACCACCGAGUAAGUUAAACCCUGUCGAAAGAUGCUUAUAAUACGACGGAGAAUAUUUCCCACCAUAAUAAUUACCAUUCUUAAGUGUAACAUUUGGAGAAUACAAAAUUGCAAGGCGAUCUAGUUUAAAACUAACGUUUAAAUUUUAAUAUGCAUUGCACUGUAGAAGAAAAAGGGUAUCUCUAAAAUGUUGGGGUCAAUGUUGUUAGAGGAAAAGAAGAGUUCUAAUUUGUAGUUUUGUAUGAAUGCAUUAUAUUUCUGUUUUUAAGGAAGGGGAAAAUGCAUUCAGUGUCGCAAAGGCGCCUGUUUACCAUUUUACGUAUGGAGCUGGCAAGAAGGAUGAGAGUUGUGCAAGCUCCUGUCUAGGGGAGAAUUUAAUCCCGAAUAUUUUUCUGAUUACUUUCCAAAGGCAAGGAAAGUAGGGCGGAUUUGUGUUUGUGUUGUUUACAUUUAGUGCAUUCCGGGGUUAAGGGAGGAAAAAACGGGGCAAUCUUGAAGAGGCUGUUGGGAAGAUUGUUCUCACCAUUCCUUUUUGAAGCUCCGCUUGGUUCACCUUUUGAAAACGUGAGAGAAAACUUCCCUCUCCCCCCUCCCUCCCUCCCCCGUCGCCCCGGGAUCUCCAAGUCAUUUUCUCAGGCGAUUUCCCCUCCCCCACCCCAAUCCGCCAGCCUCGUAAUUACUGGGGAAGGCCGCAAAGGCGCUGCCAAGAAGCGCCUCUCGGACAGGCCGAAUUCUCCUGCCACAGCCGGGAGUUGAGGGGCUUCCAUGGACGUGAGUAGCGGAGGAGGGAGAGCGCCAUCGUGGGUUGGCACCCAGCUCGAGAACCAGGCUGUGGCCUAGGCCAGGCUGCGGCGUCGCCCCGGCCCGAGACGGGCCUAGUCGCUGGGGAGAGAAAGCGGGAGCAAGCGAGCUCUGCCCUCCGGCUGACGCGCCCCCAGCAGCCCGGUUGGCGGGGGAGCAGUGCGGACCAUGUGUCUGCGCGCUCGCAAACCGGGUUCGCGCGGGAGCCCCGGGGGCAGCAGCCGUGGUAAAACGGCCCCGAGGAAGGUCAGGCGAGGGUGCGCAAAGCCCCCGGGGGAGCGGGCACAGCCACCCGUAACAAAGGGUGGUAGAGGCUGCAUGGAGCUGGUCCCCGAAACGCGCCUCCUCCGCAGAGAAAAGGAGCCCCACGCAGGCCUCCCGCAGAAAUGGAGCUCAUUCCCUGGCCAUCUUGGCGCUUGCUUAUCUCUCCACACCCCCUCAUCCCCGGAGAAAAACACGCAGUGAACUUGGGGGGUGGUGCGAGGGCACUGCUCUGGGUAAGGCAAAGGCCCCCUUGUCCUUGGCCUGGGUCCGCCUCUCCCCCUUGGCUCUCCCUCCCUCUUCUUGGACCCCACCUCGCACACACCCUUGGGAUGGUGGCGAUCCAGCCCCUUUCCAUUUGACAAGGAAGGCCCUGCUUGGAGAAAAAGCGAGAGGGGCAUUGGUGGCAUGCGCUGAACUUGGUCCCUGAGGGGCAGAGGGAACCAACUGGCACGUAGCUUCGAAAAGCGAAGGACAUUUGAGACUCUCUUUCUGCGUCUCUCGCUCCCUCCUCCCCGCCCAAAUUCCCUCGCCCGGUGCUGCUAAUUGAAUUAAGCUUCCAAGCCAGGGCACGUUCUGGGCUCCCUUCCAAAGCGCCCCUCCACUCAACCUCUCUCGCUCUCUGUGUCUCCUUCUCUCGCCACGGACCGCAGGCCCCAGAUCCCGCAAACCAAAGAAGAAGAACCCCAACAAGGAGGACAAACGUCCCCGGACAGCGUUCACGGCGGAGCAGCUGCAAAGACUCAAAGCGGAGUUUCAGACGAACAGAUACUUGACAGAGCAGAGGAGGCAAAGCCUGGCUCAAGAACUCAGCCUCAACGAGUCUCAGAUCAAGAUCUGGUUUCAGAACAAGCGGGCCAAAAUCAAGAAAGCCACCGGCAACAAGAACUCCCUGGCGGUUCACCUCAUGGCACAAGGACUGUACAACCACUCCACGGCCUCGAAAGACGGCAAGUCAGACAGCGAGUAG